AAAUUCUCUGUCUUUUUGUUUGUAUAAAUCAUUGGUUAACCUUGAUGCAGAAACCAGUUGAUUGGUCUGCUUCCCCUGUAGUCUUAGUGUUUUGAUUUAGUCUCUGUUGUCCCAUUUUGCAUAAUUCAAUUAAGCAUGGCAAACGACUCCAUGGCCGCCUUUCUUCAUUCUGGCCUUUCAUGUUAUUUUUUCCUCUUCCUUUUUUAGCUCUUCUGUAGUUUGUAUAAUUUUACUCUAAUCUUAGCGUGAAUUUAGAGUUAACAAUAGGAUUUGGUCAUUUUGAGUCUUUUCAUUGUGUGAGCCUUAGGUUGAUGAUCCCUAUCACCUUUUUCUUCUUUCCAUGCAAUAACCGUACCUCUGCAGGUGCUAUGCUCCUCUAAUGUUAAGGAUGUUUUAAUUUAAACCUUUAAGCUGUAAGCUUGACCUCUCAUUCUUCAGAGGUAUGGAGUUCGUACCAUUGUCGAAGAAUUUGGUGAGUGUGAUGCUUGAUGUGGAAUUACUCAAAACAUUAACUUUUAUGUACCUCUAAUGCAUCUUGGACAGCUUUCUGGGACAGUUUCUGGAAUAAUAUGUCAUCGGGGCCAGUAUGUUUGAUGCUUCUUAUGGCCUCCAAGCUGGUGAACUUGCUUCUGAUUUAAAUUUAGUGUUAACUUGCCAAUUUUUCUUGCAGCUUUCUUUUUCCUCUUCUGGUUAGAACACCAAAACACUAUCCUGAACUUUGGGUGUUUCCAGUUUAAUUUUGUUGCUUCCACAAUAUUCUGGCUAUCUGCAUGUGGAAGCUACAAGAUUUAUAUUGUAAACACUUAAGGAAGUGUAUCUCAUAAAAUUUUGUAAUAGUACAAGAUCCUUGUUUGGCGCUUCACUCUUGAAUAUUUCAUCAUGAAUCAGCUGAAUGUAUUUUGAGGCAGGGUUUUGAUAUGGAAGCUCAGUGGUGAGGACUGAACUUGCUUUUGGUGGGUUUGUAAUUUGUUGCGGACAUAGAAUGUAGUUCUUAGGCCAAGUUGCAUGUUGUGUUCCAUUCUAGCCUCUAUGUGAUUGAGAGUUCGUGCGACAAAGUAAUAACAGAGCACACGUCAUUUAGUUCUACAGUGUCAAACAGUAAAAUUGAGCUGAUGAUUGAAAUUUCCAAAUUCCCCUUUUCGGUUUGUGUGUCCCUCUAUAGAAUUGCUUGAUUUUAUUUCUUUUCAUCUUUUUAUUUCCAUGGUCCUGCAUUUUCAGUUGGUCACUAACUAGCUCUGUUGCCUUCCAUGCAUGGUUCAUGCCUUCCUAGUUAGAGCCCAGUGAUCAUUGCCUACUUCUCGGCUAUCACUUUAGAAGAUAUUUAGUUGAUGAACAUUUUUGCUAGUCAUUAUGUUGAGUGGUUAAGUUUUAAUUCUUGUUGUCAAUGUUGUUUGCUUGAAUUGUAUUUUUCCAAUUAAGUUAAUUAACCAAUAUCAUGUGGGCAUUGCAAUUGUGUAUGUAUUUCAGCCUUAAAAGCAGGAUAGCGGUUAUUAUGUUGAGCAGCUGGGGCGAGCGUUUUCCAUAUGUUGAGGAAUCUCUUAUGGUCUACAUCAAAACAUGAUGUGUAUCUGAUGCAAAACUACUCCGUGAUGCACUGGUCCUCACUUCUCAGGAGGGGAAAAGAAGUGCUAAAUGUUGCUAAGCCGUUGGUGCCCACUAUGAAAUACCCUGGAUCAGUGUCUCAAACACUUUCUCGAGUGCAAAUCAGCACUUUGGCAGUCAGAGAUGGUUUAAUGGCUGCUGGUGGUUUCCAAGGGGAGCUUAUCUGUAAGUAUCUACACCAUCCUGAAGUUGCAUUCAGUACAAAAAUAAGCAACGAAGAGAAUGCCAUAACUAAUGCUGUGGAUAUUUGUUAUAGUCCGACUGGCUCGAUGAGGGUAAUCACUGCUAAUAAUGAUCAGCAAGUCAGAGUUUUCGAUGCAAAAAGCUUCGCUUGCACCAGUCGUUAUACAUUCCCUUGGUCUGUUAAUAACACCUCUGUUAGCCCAGAUGGUAAACUACUUGCUGUCCUUGGUGAUAGUCCAGAAUGUCUAAUUGCUGAUGCUCAAAGCGGGAAGGUUGUCAGCAACCUAAAAGGUCACCUAGAUUAUUCAUUUGCAUCAGCUUGGCACCCGAAUGGAACAAUUUUGGCUACUGGUAACCAAGACACAACUUGCAGAUUGUGGGAUAUAAGGAACACAUCACAGUCUAUAGCAGUGCUCAAGGGAAGGAUGGGUGCCAUCCGUGCAAUCAAGUUCACGUCAGAUGGACGUUUCAUGGCCAUGGCUGAGCCAGCUGAUUUUGUCCACAUUUUUGAUACACAGUCUGAUUAUGGUGCCUGUCAAGAGAUUGAUUUGUUUGGCGAGAUUGCUGGGAUAUCCUUCAGCCCCGAUACUGAAGCUCUCUUUAUUGGAGUGGCAGACCGAACCUAUGGAAGCUUGUUGGAGUUCAACCGUAAACGUUGCCACCACUACCUUGAUUAUGUUUUGUAGUAAAAGGCACCUGACCAUGUGGUUUAAUUUAGGGCAUCUGCUUGUUUGGUGUAUAGUUUGUGUAUGGUAUGCUGGCCUUCUAUGACGAUGAUCAGAAGGCAGGCACCUCUAGGAUUUGGACAGUAGUGCAAUCUGGAAAGAAGAGCUAUGAUGACGUCCAGUGGCUGGCUUUGUAGGGACUAUUUCUGCGGAAGUAUAUUUAUUAAGCUUGCAGAAAUAAGAAGAUUUUGCAGUAGUAAAUGCGAAUCGCAGUGGAUUUGUAUAUCAGAACGAAUUAAGUGGUUAAUGUACUUUUUUGUUAAUGGCCAAUUUUAGCACAAUUAAAUGUGUUUGCUU